AGCGCUUGCGUGGAGUCGAGGAUAGAUCAUUCUUAAAAAGCUGUCUUCCUGCGAUUGUCCUCCGUUACAUAUAUCCCGACAAUGUCUGCAGCCCGAGCCCACCCCAACGACGGUUCUGGCGAGUAUGCGGACCAGCUCGGAACGGAGAGGGAGCUCUCUUCUCUGCCCGCCGUAGACACGAGUAAGGAAGCCUGGGCUUAUGUCGCAGCGGCUUUUGUCAUGGAAAUGCUCCUCUGGGGACCCAUCUUUGCUUCAGCCGUGUAUCUGAAGCAUUAUGCAGCACUUCCGCAAUUUGCUUCUUCAUCCGAGACUCAGAUUGCUUUCGUCGGAACGCUGCCCAUACUCUUUGGUUAUUCACUCGGUCUUCCUUUGCUCUAUUUCUACAAUCAUUUUCCCCGGGCCAUGAAGCCGUCAAUCUGGGUCGGUCUAGCACUCUUCACGGUAUCGAUGCUGGCUGCCAGCUUUGUCUCAAACAUGAAGCUCUUGAUUCUCUUCCAGGGGGUCGGACCAGGUAUCGCUGCUGCUUUGGUAGCUUUCCCCAUAAUCCGAUGGCUUCCCGAUUGGUUUGACCUGCGUAAAGGGACUGCGGGGGGUAUCAUUUUCGCUGGGGGUGGUGUGGGUGGUGUUUAUAUGCCGUUUCUGGAGGAGGCUCUCAUCAAUCACUUGGGUUACAAAUGGUCUUUGCGAAUCACCGCUAUACUGACCGCUGUCCUUGGUGGUGUCGCCAUAUUCUUUGUUAACCCGCGAGUUCCCAUAUCCCCCCGAGCGCACGUUGUUCGCAUGCCCAUGCCGCCAUUCUUUGACACUUUCAUGCGAUGGGGUUUCUUUGGUACCUUUUUCUGUUGUCUUCUGCAAGGAUUUGGUUAUUUCAACGUUGGACUUUUCUUGCCAAGAUUCUCAGACUCUCUUGGCGGCGCUGCGGGUGCAGGUCUGUUGGCGGCUUUCAACGUCAGUUGUAUUGGAGCCCAGCUGAUUUGGGGAUUGAUCACAGACAAAAUGAGACCUGCCCAGGCGAUGGCGAUCAGCUCUGUGUUGGGCACAAUCUUGACCCUGACGUUCUGGGGAAUCGGUGGCAGUAAGGGUAUCUCUCUGCUGGCCCCUUUCGCGAUUCUCUUUGGCCUGGCGACCGGUGGCUUCACCUCCAUGUGGUUCCAAAGUGCACACGACAUUGCUGGGCCUGAUCAGGGGCGACAGAGUCUAUUGUCUGUCGGUUGGUCUUUGGCAAGAGGUGUAGGCGGCAUUGUCGGUCCCUCAGUUGGCUCAGCCCUCUACAGGCUCCCGACAUCACCGUCAAACAGAUGGGGCUCGGCAGGCUCUCCAGGAUUGGUCGGUCUUGUUGCUGCAAGUCUAGCGGCAAGCGCGAUCGUCGUGUUGCUAUUUAGGUAUGCGAGUGAUGUGAGCAAAUACAUCUCCAAGCUUGUGGGGAAAGGUAAGGAGGGGGUAAGUGGGGAGGGCCAUGGGAUGGAGAUGGGGGUGGUGACAAGAUGAGGGGUUGUUGUAACGGAGAGAAGUAGGUGUCGUAUGCUUUCCGAGCUUCCCCGCUAUCACAAUUCAUGUACAGUCAUCGUAUGUCUGAUCUUGCGGAUGCAGUGCCUUGUUGAUACCAUCUUGAUUGGUCAAAGAUGGAUAAGAAGAUAACCCUCUAUGACGUCCUGAGGGUUUGGCAAAGGGCAACAAGACCCUAUAUCCAAGAUCGCGCUGGACGUUGGACACUGUGCACUACCGGCCCUGGAAAUGCUUG